AUGAUCAGAGCCGGAUUAAGACGUUUAGCUAACGUAUUUAGUAAUAAUCAAGGUGGCAUCCUUUCAAGAUUUAUUACACAAAAUGCUCCAACUCAAAACUCUACCGUUCCUGAAACUACUAAAGAUGUAAUAGCGACAUGUAAUAAGUUAAUUGAAUCGAGGUCUUCUCGUAAUUUUGCAAUAAUACAUUUACUGGGAAAACAAUGGAGAGUUAGCGAUGGUGAUCUACUAGUUGUAGAAGGGUAUUGGCCACCGAAUAUCGGUGACAAAAUUACAUUAGACAAAGUAUUAUUAGCAGGAACUAAAGACGUUUCCCUCAUCGGAAGACCAUUAGUGCAACCUGGCUUGGUAACAGUGACUGCUACAAUUAUUUCUAAAGGCCUGUCACACACUAGAACUCAUUUCAAGAAGAAACGAAGGAAGCAAUUUAUGAGGAUAAACUUCCAAAGAGCUCAACAAACUAUGUUAAGAAUUAACUCUGUAGAAAUAGCUAAUAGAAUCAACGAAGGCCCCAAAAACAUUUUU